AUGUAAUUUUUCUAAAUCCCUAGAAUGUAGAAAGAAUAAAGUAAACGAAAUUCAGAAUAAUUAGAUGUGUUCGAACUUAAGGAAUUAGGCUAAUAGGAUGGAGAGGGUUAGCUCACUGAGUUGACUUAGAAGGCCUAAGCAAGAAUACAACAUUUUGAAAAGGUCUGCCAUGAUUUAAAUGAGAAAAUUAUUCAUUGUGGAUCUUAAAAAGAAAUGGAUCAUAUAUAAAAGUUUGUCAAAGAAGCCUAAAAUGAUUUAGAUUAAAUGGAAAAAAUAAUCUAAAAUAUGGGAUCUAUUCAAUUAUAAUAAAAAUCAUAGAUUUCACAAAAGCAACAAACCUAAUAGAAAUUGAUUAAAGUAUUUUAAAAUUCAAAGGAAAAUUUUAAAAAAAUAAAAAACUUAAUUGAUUAGUUAGACCGAAGUCAUCAAAAAAGUUAAGCAUAGGCAAAACAACCCAUUAAGGAUCGUCAUGGUGAUAAUUAAAUAAAUGUGUAAUUGUUGGAUGAUGAGUUUGACUACGGAUAUGAUGAAAAAUUUAUAUAAAGCAGAAAUAAAUAGAUAAUGGAAAUAGCAUAAAUUAUCCAAUAACUUAAUGAAAUGAUGUAAGAGGGAGCUAGAAUGAUAAAAGAGCAAGGAGAGAAAAUUUAAAUCAUAAGCAAUGGUAUCAAGGAGGCUGGGAUUAAAACGGAAAAAGCAGGUGAGGAAAUGAAAAAGGCAGCCAAAGCUUAAUAAGGAAGUAAUGAUAGAAUAUUAUACUUUUGUGGCAUAAUUACUUUGCUAGUUGUGAUUAUAGUAUUGAUGUAUAGCGCUAGUUCUAGAACUUAUCCUGAUACUAAUCAAUAAUAAUCAUAAAAUUGA